AUGAUGAUAAGUGAGGUGAGUGUCGAGGCCAUGAUCCUUUAUACAACAUUCAGCCAGCGGUCUUACAGUCUGAGUUCAGUAACAUGCUUCGUCGUGCAGGCUUGUGCAUUGAACAUGGCGGUGACCACUUCCACCUUAUGUUGUGACGAAUUGGGACGCUCCCCCACAGAAGUUCUUUCAUUGAGUACUGUUAGUGACAUCUUCCACAUUGAUGGUUUUGGGGAUCAUCUGAUGAGGCAGUUCAUCCAGAAGUACAGAGUGGGUGACUUUGGACGCUCACAUUGGAUUGGCCUAGCACUUGUACGUCAGUCAAGCACGCUUCCUGAGGCUUACAAAGCUGUGGCCCCGAGUGAUGAUUAUGCUAGGAUUCAAGAAGACCCUGAAAGAGAUUUGAAGAACUUCCCUCGUCCAGUUCAGGCUAGUGAACCGCCUAAGGUUCGAUUAGGAUUUCUCCCUGAUGACUGGUUUCAGUUCUUCUACAAGAAGACAGGAGUGACAGGACCCUACCUUUUUGGGACUGGUCUCAUCACCUUCCUAUGCAGCAAAGAAAUUUAUGUCAUGGAGCAUGAGUAUUACACAGGGCUAUCUCUAGCUUUUAUUGUCAUCUAUGCUGUCAAGAAGUUUGGUCCCCAGAUGAAGGCAUGGAUCAAGAAGGAAUCAGAGGGACAGAAGUACCUUUUUGAUGCCAAACGUGAGAACAUCACCUUGCAACUCGAGUCUGCUUUCAGACAGCGACAACUGGAGGUGUUUAAUGAGCCUGAGCAGGAAGCCCUCUGCUUACCCUACAGUAUCAUGAGUGAAGGUGAGGGUGAAGAGAGGGACAAGAAGGGGUUCGUGGUAGAGUAUGCCAAAAGAGGACAGGCAGGAUGCAAGAAAUGUAAGGGAAAACUGGAAAAGGGCUCCCUUCGUCUCGGCAAAGUCGUCCCCAACCCCUUCUCUGACUCUGGCGGAGACAUGAAACAAUGGUACCACUUGGAUUGUCUGAUGGAGGUGUUCAGCCGUCAAAGGGCGUCUACUAAGAAGAUCGAAAACCUCGAAGAAGACCUCGAAGGAUGGCAGGAGAUCAACAAGGAAGACCAAGCCAAAAUCCAGAAGGCUUUGCAAGCUAUGGAAGGGAAUCGUCCUGCUGGUGGGACUCCCAAGAAGAAACAGAAACAGACCACCAUCUUGAACGCUCUCAGUCCCAAAAAAAUACCCACAGCAACCAACAGCAAAGAGGGUUUUCAGGGUGAUCUGUGUCUUUGGGUGAAAAUGCUCCUACCUGGUGUCCAGAAGCGGAUCUACAAUCUCAAAGGAAAACAACUUAUCAAACUCUUCAGCCAGAUCUUUGCAUACGAUGAGGAAGAGAUGCUGGAACACUUGGAGCAAGGGGACAUUGCUGAGACGAUUCGAGUGGCAUUUGAGAGGAGUGGGAUUGAGAAACCAGCUGGAAAAAGUGAACUAUCCAUGCAGGACAUUGAUCAAUUCCUCACUGACCUCUCUCAGGAAACUCGUGAGGAGGCACAGAAAAGGAUCCUCCACAAAAUUGUGAACAGAUGCACUGAGAAUGAUUUGAAGAUGGUGGUGCGACUGAUUGUUCAUGAUCUCCGUAUCACAGCUGGACCCAAGCAUGUGUUGGAUGCAUUACAUCCAAAGGCAUAUGAAGCAUUCCAAGCAUCACAUGACUUGGAAGCUGUUGUCAACAAGAUCCUCACACCCCAAGCAGGUUCAAGCAAUGAUCAAAUAGCUUCUUUGAAAAAGGAUUUGAGUGUCAAGGCUUCCACCAUGACUCCAGUACAUCCCAUGCUGGCAGAGGCAUGCAAAUCAGUGGCUCAGGCAUUCAAGCGCUGCCCCAAUGGGAUGUAUGCAGAGAUCAAGUAUGAUGGUGAGAGGGUCCAGGUCCACAAAAAAGGCCAUGACUUCAAAUACUUCUCCCGCAGCCUCAAGCCAGUUCUCCCACACAAGGUCAAUCAUUUUGAAGACUUCAUCCCCAAGGCAUUCCCCCAUGGCAAUGAUCUCAUCCUCGACAGAGUUGCAUGCAAUACCAAUAGUAAUACAAUAUUCCAACAUUAUGUUACUCCACAGAAAGCAGCAUUUCAAGACUCAACAGUCUGCUUGUUUGUGUUUGACUGCAUCCAUCUGAAUGGAGAAAAUCUUAUGGGAAAACCUCUGGAAAUGCGGAAGCAAAUAUUGGAAAAGAACAUGACUGUGAUCCCCAACCACAUCAUGUUGUCUGAGAUGAAGUUUGUUACUAACCAUGAAGAGCUGCAGACCAUGAUCAUGAAGGUCCUCAAACAAGGCUUGGAAGGACUUGUCCUCAAGGACCCUCAGGGUGUGUAUGAGCCUGGAAAAAGGCGAUGGAUGAAGAUGAAGAAAGAUUAUCUAGAAGAAGGUGCUAUGGCAGAUACAGCUGACCUUGUCGUUCUUGGUGGUCUGAUGUCCAUUUUUCUUAUGGGCACCUAUGACAGCAAGGCUAAGAACUGGAAGACUGUCACAAAAGUGCACACAGGCAUUGAUGAUCAGACUCUUGCAAAACUCCAGAAAGAACUAUCACCUCUGAUGAAGAAGAUCAGCAGAGACCCAACUCGAGUCCCAUCUUGGGUUGAAUUGAACCGCCAGAUGGUUCCUGAUUUUAUUGUCAAGGAUCCCAAGGAAGCUCCAGUGUGGGAGAUCACAGGAGCAGAAUUCACCAGUGCUGAUAUCCACACAGCCAAUGGGAUCUCAAUCCGUUUUCCAAGAAUCACUAAAUUCCGGGAAGACAAGGACUGGGAGACAGCCACCAAUCUCCAGGAACUCAUGAAGCAGAGUAGAAAUAUCAAAGAUUUCUUAAGUCAGUCAGUGUCCCCUUUGAAAAAGGUAGAGGAGCUCAAACGGGAUCUUCCUGACUUCUUCUCUGGUAUCAAAGUGCUCCUACCAGAUGAUCUAGACAACCGAGAGCAGCUUCAUCGAUACCUUGUUGCUUACAAUGCUGAAGUUGUCAAAGUGGAUGUUAUCAGUCAGGCAACUCAUGCCAUAGCCACCAGCUCGAAGCAAAAGAUGGAAUUGGAGAAGAAAAACCAGAAGCUGAAGAUUGUGACAGCUGACUGGCUGUGUGCUUGCAUCAAGAAGCAGAGACUUGUCUCUGAGAAGCCCUAUCAGAAGGGGAGCUGGACAUGACAAGGAUCUAGCUUUCACUGAGUGAGAUGAACCAUAUUGCCUUAUGUAUUCUCAACUAUCUGUCCUGCACUGCACCAGUCAUUCUGUCUCUCUUAGUUAUUGAAUCCAUGCCAGAAUUGUGUUUUUAGACUUGUCAUUCCUUGACCCACCGCUGCUCAACAUUUCUCUCAUCGCAUGGGGUUAUGUGAAUAAAGCACUUCCGAUUUA